AUGACUUCAUCUUUACUGAGUGCAUUAUCGAUAGCUAUCGAGCAGAGCUUACAGCCAGUGCAUGAGACAUUUUACCCUUUCCCAUGGAUGACUACAUUGCAUGCAGCUAGGAUAAGUUUAGCCUUCCAAGCAAAAUCUAAAGUGGAAGCGGAAUCUAAUAAUGCGAAAAGACUUAAUUUUGCAGCGGAUCUUGUAGGAUAUUUAGUAAUGGCCUGGUCAGGGUCAAUAGUAAUCAGUAGUAUCCUUCAACAGCCAUACCCACAACUGCUGUCAGUAUGGCCACUCGUGAACUAUGUUACAGUUCAUCUAUUUUUACGCGCACUUCCUACUCCUUCCGCGAAAGUGCUCGAUUUGAGUUUACCUCUUCUGGAUGCUUUUUUGAGAAGUGGAGCACUCACGGGAGCUAUAAACACCUGCAUUCAACAUUCAGAAUAUAAGAAUUCGUUGUUUGCUCAAUUUGUAGUUGGUACACUCGCGCCUAGUGCUGGUUCUUUGACUGCAAGCACGUUAAACGUCACAAGUCCAUAUGGUUGGAGGUUAAGCACGCCAUACCCACUUACUAGAGGUGCUGGAUUGAUAGGUACAUUGGAACUUUGGAUAGCUACACUUUCUACCCUCGUUUAUGGGGUAUUAGCACACUCACACUCGGAAUAUGAUAUUGUUUCCAACACACCCACACAUACGCAGAUUGAAGCACGAUCAAUCGUGAUUUUGAUACUCUGUUUCGCUUAUACCUUUAAAGCAGUUUAUGUGCACAUUUACUUGUCAAAUCAAGAUAAAAAUAUACCAAAAAGCAAGGAAGAGUAA